AGAAUUUUUAGCUUGCGCUCCAAAUAAUGUCACAAAUGAACAUUUAGAAUUACUUAUGUUAAAAAAAAAUGAAGAUUUUGAUGAAAUAUAUAUCAAAAGACAUAUUAAUAGUUUUCUUUUUAUUAUUGCAAAGCAUGCAAAUCACAAUGAUGUGCUUUCAAAUAUGUUAAGAAAUUUCGAUAAAUUGAAGCCAAGGGGUAUAAAUAGGAUUGCACUAUUUAUUGUUAUUGUUAAUCAUGUGUACUCUAAGGAACAAUUAGACGAGAUCAGAAAAAAUAUGAGAAAUAUCAUUGAGCCAGAAGCAUACAUAAAUCAUAUUAAACGUAUGUACGAGAAAAACAAAACUCCUUUUGGCAGGGCAACUAUUGAAGUAUAUUUUCACGAAUAUAAAAAUCAUGUGAAACAAUGGAUGUUGUAUGCUGAACGCAAACUACAAAUGCGCUUGUCUGAAAUUGAGAGGCAGAUAACUUAUCUUCAUAAUAUUUCACAAUAAAGAAAUAUUAAAUGUGAAUAAUUACAAUUACAGCAAAAAAUU